AAUAGUGAGCGAGUCAAUAUUCUAACACUUGGAUUCGCUCGCAUUGCUUUAAAUUCAACCUCUGUUUUUGCCUCUUGGAGUGGAUCGGCUUCUCAUCUAUCAAAUCACCAUCGACGCCCGAAUUGAUGGCAACUGAUCACCGCCGCCCAGUGCGAGCGACAACGAUGGGGAGGCAGCAAGAAGACGUACACCUCAAGCUGAAGCUCAAGAAGAAGGGUUUCUUCGCUUCGCUCUGAGGGAUAACCCACCUUUACCUGCGUGUCUGUUUUCGCUGAUUUUGUUCGUAUGACACCAUUACCAUCGUCGUCAUCAUGUCAGGAGCCCCGUCGUCGUCGUCGUCUUCUUCUUCUUCAUCAUCGCAGAGUGGGCAAGGAGGAGGGCUAGGAGGGGAAUCGAGGUGUGGGCGGGUGCUGGGCCCAUCGCUCGACAAGAUCAUCAAGAACGCCGCCUGGCGAAAACACUCCCACAUCGUCUCCGCCUGCAAAUCCGUGCUCGACAAGCUCCAGACCCUCUCCGAUUCCCCCGAUCCGAUACUUUCCUGCUCCCCCUUGUACGGCUUCUCGAACCCCUCCGACGCCCAAUUCGUCCUCCAGCCCCUCCUCCUCGCCCUCGAUUCCGCCUCCCCCAAGCUCGUCGAGCCCGCCCUCGACUGCGCCUUCCGAUUGUUCUCCCUUGGCCUCAUCCUCCGCUGCGAAAUUGACCGCCCCUCUUCCUCCUCCAACCCUCUCCCCUCCCCCCUCAUUCCCCGCCUCCUCGAGUCUGUCUGCAACUGCACCGCUGCUGUCGGCGAGGACGACGCCGUCGAGCUCAGCGUCCUCAGGGUCUUGCUCUCCGCCGUCCGAUCUCCCUCUGUCCUCAUCAGGGGCGAUUGCCUCGUCCACAUUGUCAGGACCUGUUACAAUGUCUAUCUUGGUGGCGCCAAUGGCACCAAUCAGAUCUGUGCAAAGUCGGUUCUUGCCCAGAUGAUGAUCAUUAUUUUCACCAGGGUCCAACACGACUCCCCGCUGGUUCAGUUUCGCACCGUAUCUGUUUCCGAGCUCUUGGAGUUCUCGGACAGGAACUUGAAUGAAGGAAGUUCAAUUCAAUUCGCGCAGAACUUCCUGCACGAGGUUGUGCAAGUUACUGAAGGGGUUGUUGAUUCAAAUUCUCUCCCAGACAUGCAAAAUGGACUUCUUCCCAGUGCCACGUUGGAUGGAAAAGCUAAAGUGGACAAUGCGGAAUUAGAGGAAACGGUUGAUUCCACUGGUGACUCUAAGAUUCGGGAGGAUGGUUUUAUGCUUUUCAAAAAUUUGUGUAAAUUAUCAAUGAAGUUCUCAUCUCAGGAACAGCCUGAUGAUCACAUCCUUCUCAGGGGGAAGAUAUUGUCUCUGGAGCUUCUUAACGUAAUCAUGGACAACGUGGAUCCAACUUGGCGUGCAAAUGAGAGGUUUCUUAAUGCUGUCAAGCAGUAUCUUUGUUUAUCCAUUCUAAAGAACAGUGCAUUGUCAGUUAUGACUAUUUACCAGCUUCUCUGUUCAAUAUUCAAGAGCUUGUUGUCAAAGUUAAGAUCAGCACUGAAAGCUGAAAUUGGAAUUUUCUUUCCUAUGCUCAUCCUGCGUGUGCUUGAGAAUGUAGUUCAGCCUAGUUUCUUACAGAAGAUGACUGUCCUCAAUUUACUGGAAAAGAUCUCUCAAGAUUCUCAGAUUAUUAUUGAUAUUUUUGUCAAUUAUGACUGUGAUGUGGAUGCUCCAAAUAUAUUUGAAAGGACUGUCAAUGGUCUUCUGAAAACUGCUCUAGGACCGUCUCCUGGUUCAACUACCACUUUGUCUCCAGCCCAGGAUAUUACAUUCCGGUUUGAAUCUGUGAAAUGUUUGGUUAGGAUCAUCAAGUCAAUGGGAACAUGGAUGGAUCAGCAAUUGAGAAUAGGAGAUUUUUGCCCAUCAAAGAGCACUGAUAAUGGCAGUUCAGCAGUGAAUUAUACGAACUUUAGUGGAGAAGAAGGCACUCUCCCUGAUUAUGACAUGCAUUCAGAAGCAAAUUCUGAAUUCUCAAAUGCUGCUACCCUUGAACAACGCCGGGCUUACAAAUUAGAGCUCCAGAAAGGUGUCUCAUUGUUCAACAGAAAACCUUCCAAGGGAAUUGACUUUUUAAUAAGCACAAAAAAGAUUGGCAAUUCUCCUGAAGCAGUGGCUUGUUUCUUGAAGAACACUGCUGGCCUCAAUGAAACUGUGAUAGGUGACUAUUUGGGCGAAAGGCAGGAGUUUGCUUUAAAAGUUAUGCAUGCUUAUGUGGAUUCUUUUAACUUUGAAAGAAUGGAUUUUGGUGAAGCAAUUAGAUUCUUCCUAAGAGGCUUCAGGUUACCUGGAGAGGCACAAAAAAUUGACCGUAUUAUGGAAAAAUUUGCUGAACGUUAUUGUAAAUGCAAUCCAAAUUCCUUUACAAGUGCAGACACGGCUUAUGUUCUUGCUUACUCUGUGAUAAUGCUCAACACAGAUGCUCACAAUAACAUGGUAAAAGAUAAGAUGACGAAGGCUGAUUUCGUUCGGAAUAAUCGCGGGAUUGAUGAUGGCAAGGAUUUACUGGAGGAGUAUUUGGGUGCUCUCUAUGAUCAAGUUGUGAAAAAUGAAAUUAAGAUGAAUUCCGACUCCUCUGCACCACAGAGCAAGCAGGCAAACAGUCUAAAUAAACUAUUGGGCUUGGAUGGUAUUCUCAACCUAGUUUGGAAGCAGACGGAUGAGAAACCAUUGAGUGCAAAUGGGCUUCUUAUUAAGAACAUUCAAGAGCAAUUUAAAGCAAAUUCAGGAAAAUCAGAGAGCGUUUACCAUUCUGUCACAGAUGCUGCAAUAUUGAGGUUUAUGGUGGAGGUCUGCUGGGGUCCAAUGCUUGCAGCAUUCAGUGUGACACUUGAUCAGAGUGAUGACAGGACUGCUACUUCUGAAUGCUUACAGGGCUUUCGACAUGCUGUGCAUGUCACUGCAGUGAUGGGUAUGCAGACCCAGAGAGAUGCUUUCGUUACAACUGUUGCCAAGUUUACCUACCUUCACUGUGCUGCAGACAUGAAGCAAAAAAAUGUUGAUGCUGUCAAGGCAAUAAUAUCAGUUGCAAUUGAAGAUGGGAACUAUCUCCAGGAAUCUUGGGAACAUAUCUUAACAUGUCUCUCUCGAUUUGAGAAUCUACAACUGUUGGGGGAGGGAGCACCAUCUGAAGCUUCAUUUUUCACUGUAUCCAAUGAAGCAGAUGAGAAAACACUGAAGUCCUCCACUGCUUUUCCUUCUUUAAAGAGAAAAGGAUCUCUCCACAAUCCAGCUGUGAUGGCUGUUGUUCGAGGGGGUUCAUACGACAGUACUAGCAUUGGAGUCAAUUCUUCAGGGCUGGUAACCCCUGAACAGAUUAAUAACUUCAUUUCAAAUUUGAAUCUGCUUGAGCAAAUUGGGAAUUUUGAGCUGAAUCAUAUAUUUGCUCAUAGCCAAAGGUUGAAUAGUGAGGCAAUUGUAGCUUUUGUGAAAGCCCUUUGCAAAGUUUCCAUGUCAGAGUUGCAGUCUCCAACAGAUCCUCGUGUAUUCAGCCUCACAAAAAUAGUUGAAGUUGCGCACUACAAUAUAAACAGAAUCAGAUUGGUGUGGUCUCGUAUAUGGAGUGUUCUUUCAGAUUUCUUUGUGUCUGUUGGCUUGUCAGAAAAUCUCUCUGUUGCAAUUUUUGUCAUGGAUUCAUUGCGGCAACUUUCCAUGAAAUUCUUAGAGCGAGAGGAGUUGGCAAACUACAAUUUCCAAAAUGAAUUUUUGAGACCAUUCGUAAUUGUGAUGCAGAAUAGCAGCUCUGCUGAAAUCAGGGAGCUAAUAGUUAGGUGCAUUUCACAGAUGGUCCUCAGCCGAGUCAGUAAUGUAAAAUCUGGCUGGAAGAGUGUUUUUAUGGUUUUUACAGCUGCUGCUGCCGAUGAAAGGAAGAACAUUGUCUUGUUGGCCUUUGAAACCAUGGAAAAGAUAGUACGGGAAUAUUUCCCUUAUAUAACAGAGACCGAGGCUGUGACCUUUACUGAUUGUGUUAGAUGCCUCAUCACCUUUACAAAUAGUAGGUUUAACAGUGAUGUUAGCCUCAAUGCUAUUGCUUUUCUCCGGUUCUGUGCUGUCAAACUUGCAGAUGGGGCACUUGUUUCCAAUGAGAAGAGCAAGAUUGAUGAUUUAUCUGUUCCAGUAGGAAAUAAUGAUAAUUAUUCAGAUAGACAAAUUGUCACAGAUAAAGAUGAUCAUUCAUCCUAUUGGGUUCCUUUGCUUGCAGGUUUAUCAAAAUUAACCUCAGAUCCAAGAUCAGCCAUCAGAAAGGGUGCUUUGGAGGUGCUUUUUAAUAUUUUAAAGGAUCAUGGUCAUCUUUUUUCACAACCAUUGUGGAACAAUGUUUUCAAUUCUGUAGUUCUCCCCAUAUUUAAAUGUGCACGUGAUAGGAAAGAAACCCAAACGGGUGAUGACCAGCUUUCUGGUGGAAGUAUCUGGGAUCCUGAAACCUCUGCAGUGGCUGUUCAAUGUCUAGUAGACUUAUUUGUCAGUUUCUUCAGUAUGCUGCGGUCUAAACUACAUGGAGCAGUGUCAAUACUGGUGGGCUUCAUAAAAAGUCCUGGUCAAGGUGCGGCAAGCACUGGGGUUGCUGCACUUACCCGCCUGGCGGUUGAGUUGGGAGACAGACUUUCUGAAGAUGAAUGGAGAAAUCUAUUUCUUUCUUUGAAAGAGUCAGCUGCUGCUUCAUUGCCAGGAUUUUGGAAACUUGUGCGAACCAUGGAUACAACUGAGGUCCCGGAUGUUGCUAAUUCUUAUAAUGAUUCAGAAAUGGCUUCUGAUCAUGAAUUGAGCAAUGAAGAUUCUGAAGAUGACAACUUGCAGACAGUGGCAUAUGUUGUUUCACGAAUGAAGAGUCAUAUAGCAGCACAGCUUCUCAUUGUACAGGUCAUUACCGAUCUGUUCAAGAUGCACCAGCAGUACUUGACAUCGGGCAACAUCAGGGUCGUUGUCGAUAUACUUUCGUCGGUUGCAUCGCAUGCCCACCAGCUGAACUCAGAAAUGGGGCUUCAGCAGAAGCUGCAGAGAGCAUGCUCAAUCCUGGAGAUCCCUGAACCCCCAAUCGUUCACUUUGAAAUCGAGUCCUACCAGAAUUACCUAAAUUUCCUGCAUGAUUUGAUUGUGAAUAACGGAUUGGUGUCGGAAGAGUUGAACGUAGAGCCGGAGCUUGUGUCGGUAUGCGGCAAAGUGGUGCAGAUAUACCUGGAGUGUUCGGGGUUGGAAUCAGUCCGCCGGCAGCAGCAGCAGAAGGUUCACUGGAUUCUGCCCUUGGCUUCAGCAAGAAGGGAAGAGCUGGCAGCCAGGACUCCUCUGGUGGUGUUGGCAUUGCGGAUCAUGAGCGGAUUCGUUAGUGAUUCGUUUAGGAGGUAUGCAUCACAAUUAUUCCCAUUGUUGGUUGAGCUUGUGCGGAGUGAGCACAGUUCGGGAGAAGUGCAGCGUGUUCUAAGCCUCAUUUUCCAAUCAUGUAUAGGCCCCAUAGUUCUCUAACUGUGAUAAUGUUUUUUUUUUUGUUUUUGGGACUCAAAAAGUGAAAGCUAUAGAGAGGAUGCGCCCCCUCCCCCCCAAGCCACAGCGUAAUUUUGCUUCUUUCUCUUGUUUUCUUGUAACGUAAUCUUCCAAAUUAAUUAAACCAUAAUUGUCCAA